AUGGAUCCGUGCGAUAAUUUCUAUAGACACGUUUGUCCGGCAGAUAUUCCCCAAAAAGACGUGAUCCCAAGAAAUUUUCUCCCGCAAUCGGUUCAAGAUUCACUAAUGGAGAAGGCAAGGAAAAAAUCCUCAUUGGUAGAGACUGCAUUAGGAGUGGCAAAUAUGACUGGAAUGCUCCCUCCGGAAUAUGGAUAUCCGCUAGACUUUUUUAAAAAUUUGAUUUUUGAAUUAAAAUAUGCAGACGGAUUUUUCGAUUACCUUAUUAAGAAUAACCUGUUAUCCACUGAAUUCUACGAUAAAUUGGAUACAAAAAUGGAGUUGAUGGAGGGAAUAUUGGAAGAACAAAUUGAGAAAACGACCGCCUCGCAAAUGGAUGCAGAGAUGAAAAGAAAGUUCGAAGAUUGGUCCUUAACGCUGAGAAUCAAUCUCGGCUUGAUGAAUGAAGGGAUUGUGAUGCCAAACUUUACAAAAAUCUAUAUGCUGCUUGGUGAUUUGUAUCAAGAUUUGAUCGAUACACAAAUGAGACCUGCUGACGCGGGCAGAUUGGUUAUGGAAAUGUUGUGGAACUUUUAUCGUGUCGAUUGGACAUGGUUUCAAAAGCUCGGAUAUUUGCAGGCUUUCAAUUCAUAUUAUGCGCCCAAACUACACUCAUUGGUGAUCUUGGAAUCGGCAUUGUUGGUGGCCAAGGGAACGACGGAUGCGGUAUUUUGGGGCAGCACUGGAGCCAUUUACGGACACGAGAUUCAGCACGCGCUUUUCAAAGAUGAAACUUUCGAAGAUCCGCAGCUUCUCAUGCAGAGGCAAUGCUUGCACGAGUUCAAGACAACUCUUUGUGACGAAUUCGGUGACGAGGAUCCACAAUUAUCGGGAGGAUGUGUGUUUUACUAUUGCUCGUGCAAAGAAAAUGCUCAAAAGGACACAUAUGCAGAAGAUGUUGCCGAUUUGGAGGGCUCACAAUUGGCAUAUUUGAGUAUGGAAAGAGAGAUUGGGAAAGAGAAUUUGAAGAAAAAUCCCUAUUCCGAUCUAGACUUGACCAAUCAACAGCUUUUCUUCUAUGCAUAUGGAGCUUUAACCUGUGUCCAAAGCCCCGGUCACUACCAUGAUUCACGCGAUGUUCAUUCGGGUAUGUGGAUGAGAACGAUGAUGUUAGCCGGAUUAUCGCAAAAUUUUCAAGAAGCUUUUCAAUGCGAUUCCAACUCACGAUUGACUAGGGUUCAUGAAACAGCUCUAAACCAAUGCAAUCAUUACGGCGAAUCGCCACUUCUCAUGGAAUUUCGCAAA